AUGUACUUCAAUUAUUAUUCAGUUAUUAGUAAGAUCUUGUUCAGAGCGGAACUGUCAAUUAUUGGAACGGUUAUAAUUGUGGGAUUUUAUUUAAUUUUUAAAGUAAAGUACUCAAAAAAGAAAAUUUUAUGUGGCAAAACAGCUUUAGUAACAGGUGGAUCAAAUGGACUUGGUCAACAGAUUUGCAUAAAGUUAGCCCAGCAAGGCUGUAAUGUAAUUAUUGCAGACAUUUCAAGUGCAUCGAAGACAAUGUUAAAACUUCAACCAUACAAAAUAAAAUCAAGAGAAUAUAAAAUUGAUGUUUCAAAUUACGAAGAAAUUUUAAAAAUGAGAGAAAUUUUGAGUGAUGAGUUUGAGUUUAUUGACAUACUUGUCAACAAUGCCGGCUUAAUUCCAUAUAAAACAAUAUUUGAACAAACAAGUGAUGAGAUUGAAACUUUGACUAAAGUAAACUUGAAUUCAGUAAUAUUUAUGACAAAAUGUUUUAUUGAAAAAAUGAUUGAAAAUGGCACUGGUCAUAUUGUGACGAUUUCUUCAACGCAAGGAAUUUAUGCCUUUCCAUAUUCAUUGAACUACUGUGCUUCAAAGUUUGCCGUAACUGGCUUCAUGUUAGGAUUGAAAGAAUUUUUAAGACGACAACAAUUAAAAGGCAUUGACACAACAUGCAUAUUACCAAAUGUAAUGUCCACUCGUAAAGAUAUUAUUGAUAUUGUCAAUGAAAAGAGAACCUUAAUUUUUUCCGCUGAUAAAUGCGCGGAAACCAUUAUCAAAGCAAUCAUUAACAGGCAGUCAUUUGUCACAAUUCCAAUGUAUUAUGGUUUAAUUAUAUCAGUUUUUAAUAUUCUUCCAUUCUCAAUUCAACAUUUCAUUCGAGAUUUUAUAAUGCGUGAGGAUUUAUUUUUAAAAAAAUAA